UCCCGGCACUUCCGUUCGCGGGCGUGACAAAAGGCGCAAAGAAAACGCAAAUCGCAGCGGAAGAAAAACAAGGGACAAUGAAGGAAGUCGAUAAUGACACCGGCCAUCGUUUCCUUUUCAGCGAAUCCGUUCCGGGUGCACCGUGCAGUAUCUGAUGCAUCUCAUUCCGUCUCCCCUUUUCACGUAAUCACGUCGUGAGUAUUUAUUCCGCGGGUCAAAAGCGAGGAAAACAGUGUCGAGUGUCGAGAUAUCAGUGAAGUAUCAGUCAUGAAGUAUCUUCUCUUCGUUGGCAGCACGGUCGCCCUAUUCGGGCUGUCUGUUGCUGGAGUUUCCGCGGACUAUAGCUCAUCCGGUCCCUCCCGUUCCUUCGAUCUAAGCGAGAGCAAUGUUCGAGGAAAACGUAGCCCUCAGGAUGAUCAUUCGGACUACAUGCCACCGCAUGGACCUCCAUGCAUGCCUCCAGGACCACCCCCGGAAGGUUUCACUACACCCGACAUGCCUUUGCUCAGUACCACGGGUGACAGCAGACGCAAAAGGGCUGCUCAGAAUCAGCAAGGAGGAGGACCACCACCGAGACCAGGUGGUAUGGGAAACGGUGGUGGAGUGGAAGGUGGUAUGGGAGUUAGUAUGGGCGCUAACGCAGGAGCUGGUAUGGGAGGCAUGGGCAAACAAAUGGGUGGCAUGGGCUAAACUGGUCAGUGGAUACCAUAGUUACGAGACAACAUGGAAAUACAUUACGAAUGAUCUGACUUCUGUCUAUAGUUUAGGUUAACACGUCGAAAUAAAUAAAUUGAUGAAAACGUU